GCAGCAAGGGGAAAAGUCAAAACUGUCCGCUGGAUUUACGCAAUUCUCUUAUGAAAUACACAUUUGAGGAAAUGAUCAAAUUGUGCAGUUUUCUAAGAGGCUAGAAGGAGUGGAAUGACUUCCUCAAAGAUGAUGGUAAACGAGUGGCGUCUUUGACAAGAAGUUUGGUGUCUAACUUUCUCAACCAGCAAACAAGUGGAUAUCAUUUUGUAAAGAGCUGCGUUUUUGAUACUUGCAUAACUGUUGGUGCAAAAAAAGUUCCUCGGUCUCUGAGGUGCAAACGAGAUACAACUGGACCAGGACUGGACGAUCGAUUAUAAUAUGUAGUGAUGCGCGCUGCUUUAAUGAAUCGCGAGACGCUGGACGUCACAGCCACGCAUCUCUCCGUGCCACAGGUGCGCAGUAAACAUUGGUUAUUCAUGAUUGAUUAACGGCGGAAAGAAAAGAAGACCGCGCAGAGGGGACAAUUACUCGCACUAUGGAGAUCAUGUCUAAUCAACCUACAACAGAGGCUGGUGGAGAUCACACCGCUGCGGGUUCCAUGUCUGCAGGCUUGGACAGAACCGAUGUCCCCAGCCCGAGUCCGGUGAACAAACAGCGGUCCCUGCGGGCGGUUUAUGUGCUGAAUGAUGGACUGAAGGCAGUGGCUGCCAACAGCCCAGAGUCCGGGGCGCUGCAGUGUCUCCAACGCUCAUGCGACGCAGAGAGUGCCAUAUUAACCACAGUGACUUUUGGACGCUUAGACUUUGGAGAGACAUCGGUGCUUGAUACAUUUUAUGACGCAGAUAUUGCCGUGGUGGACAUGAGCGAUGUAUUCAGACAGCCCUCACUGUUUUAUCACCUUGGUGUUCGUGAGAGCUUUGAUAUGGCCAACAAUGUCAUCCUCUACCACGACACGGACCCUGACACAGCACAGUCCCUAAAGGACAUGGUGGCACAGAAAAACACAGCCUCCAGCGGAAACUACUAUUUCAUCCCUUACGUGAUGACACCCAACAAUGAGUACUUGUGCUGUGAGAAUGUGGCCCAGCGAAGAGCAUCAGAAUACAUGCAACCCAACUGGGACAACCUCCUGGGGCCACUCUGUGUCCCAUUGGUGGAUCGCUUCGUCAACUUGCUCAAAGACAUUCACGUCACGUCUUGUGCUUCAUACAAAGACACACUCCUGAAUGACAUUCGAAAAGCUCGAGAUAAAUACCAGGGAGAAGAGUUGGCCAAGGAGCUUACCCGUAUCAAACUACGCAUUGAUAACACAGAGGUUUUGACUCAGGACAUUGUGAUGAACUUGCUGUUCUCCUACAGGGAUAUACAGGACUACGAUGCCAUGGUGAAACUAGUACAGACCAUUGAGAUGUUGCCCACCUGUGACUUGGCCAACCAGCCCAUGAUCCAGUUCCACUAUGCUUUUGCGCUCAAUAGACGGAACAGCCCGGGAGAUAGAGAGCAGGCAUUACGUGUGAUGUUGCAGGUUCUGCAGUCAUGUGAGCACCCUGCACCUGACAUGUUUUGUCUGUGUGGUCGCAUCUAUAAAGACAUAUUCCUAGACUCUGACUGCAAGGACACCAAAAACAGAGACAAUGCCAUCCAGUGGUAUAGAAAAGGCUUUGAGCUGCAGCCCACUCUGUAUUCAGGCAUUAAUUUGGCAGUGUUGCUAAUUGUGUCAGGACAGCAGUUUGAGACUUCCAUAGAGCUCAGGAAAAUCGGUGUGAGGUUAAACAGUCUGCUGGGUCGUAAAGGCAGCCUGGAGAAGAUGAAUAACUAUUGGGAUGUAGGGCAGUUCUUUACUGUCAGUAUGCUGGCCAAUGACAUUCCCAAAGCUGUACAGGCUGCAGAGAAACUCUUCAAACUCAAGCCACCUAUAUGGUACCUGCGAUCAGUCGUCCAGAACCUUCAGCUGAUUCAGCAUUUUAAGAAGCAGAACACAGAGCAUUCUCCUCAGAGAGAGCGACUCAACUUCUGGAUGGACAUCAUUGUGGAGGCCACACAGGGAACAACCAAUGGCCUUCGCUUUCCGGUCUUGAUCCUAGAGCCUACUAAAGUUUACCAGCCCUCGUAUGUGUCCAUAAACAGUGAAGCUGAAGAGAAAAACGUUUCUAUAUGGCAUGUAUCUCCUGCUGAGACGAAGGGCAUACAUGAGUGGAACUUCACAGCGUCAUCCAUCAAAGGCAUUAGCAUCUCUAAAUUUGAUGAGCGCUGCUGCUUUUUGUAUGUCCACGAUAACUCCGAUGAUUUCCAGAUCUACUUCUCCACAGAGGACCAGUGUGGCAGGUUCUGCUCCAUGGUCAAGGAGCUGAUCACAGAUGGGUCAGGAAAUGCUGUUGAGCUAGAGGGGGAGGGAGAUGGAGACACUCUGGAGUACGAGUACGACUAUAAUGAGAAUGGAGACAGAGUGAUUCUCGGUAGGGGUACAUACGGAGUGGUCUAUGCAGGAAGAGACCUGAGCAACCAAGUGCGCAUUGCCAUCAAAGAGAUCCCAGAGAGGGACAGCAGGUACUCCCAGCCUCUGCAUGAGGAGAUCGCCCUCCACAAAUACCUAAAACACAGGAACAUCGUUCAAUACCUGGGUUCAGUGUCAGAGGAUGGCUAUAUCAAGAUCUUCAUGGAACAGGUCCCUGGAGGCAGUUUGUCAGCAUUGCUUCGUUCAAAGUGGGGUCCUCUGAAAGAGGCCACCAUAAUCUUCUACACACGGCAGAUCUUGGAAGGACUUCGUUAUUUACAUGAGAACCAAAUUGUUCAUCGGGACAUCAAGGGAGACAAUGUCCUGGUCAACACUUACAGCGGUGUGUUGAAAAUCUCAGAUUUUGGCACAUCCAAGAGGCUGGCUGGAGUCAAUCCCUGCACAGAAACAUUUACUGGCACGUUGCAGUACAUGGCCCCUGAAAUCAUCGAUAAAGGCCCCAGAGGUUAUGGGGCACCUGCUGAUAUUUGGUCCUUGGGGUGUACGAUCAUAGAGAUGGCAACAGGCAAACCCCCUUUCCAUGAGCUGGGAGAGCCACAGGCUGCCAUGUUUAAGGUGGGCAUGUUUAAAAUCCACCCUGAGAUCCCAGAAUCUCUUUCCUCAGAGGCUAAAUCCUUCAUCUUGUCCUGCUUUGAGCCUGAUCCCAAUAAACGAGCGAUGGCUGGGGACCUGCUCAAAGAUCUGUUUUUACGUCAAAACAUCAAAGGCAAAAAGAACAAGAUUGCAUUCAAACCCUCAGACUACAUCCGCAGUGUUUCAUUACCGGUACAGCUGCAGGCGGAGGCUACUGGGAGCAGCAGCAGUGAACCUGGCUCUGUGUCUCCAGACUGCGACUCCAAACAAGACGUGUUCUUUGAGAAGAAAAAACGCUCAGGCUCUGAAAACCUCAUUAAACCGCCCAACUCAAACUACCUCAGUGUUCCAGAUGAGAGUCCUACAGCAGAAGACCGCAGCUCUCCUGCCUCCUCUGAGAACAGUGACUCUGGUCUCUUCCUUCUGAAAAAAGACAGUGAGCGACGGGCCAUACUCUACAAGGUCCUUAAUGAGGACCAGGAUAAAGUGACCUCCAACCUAAUGGAAAACCACAUCCAGGGCCAAGAAGAGCUUAAAUUGUCAGUGGACCACAUCAAACAGAUCAUCUGCAUCUUGCGAGACUUUAUACGUUGCCCUGAGCGACGCGUCAUGGCAACCACCAUCUCGAAACUCAAACUGGAUCUGGACUUUGACAGCACGUCCAUCAAUCAGAUCCAGCUGGUUCUGUUUGGUUUCCAGGAUUCUGUUAACAAAGUAUUGAGGAACCAUCACAUUAAACCUCACUGGAUGUUUGCCAUGGACAACAUCAUCAGACGGGCUGUGCAGGCAGCUGUUACCAUUUUAAUUCCAGAGCUUCAGACACAUUUCGGGCCAGCGUCUGAAAGUGAGGGUGCAGAUAAGGAUGCAGAUGAAGUAGACGAGGAGGACGAUGGGGAGUUCAGUUCAGUGGCCCGUGUGACACAGGAAGAUCAAGCCCUCACAUCUGGUGUCAGCACCCUGAGCUCGGUCAUAUCCCAUGAGGUUCAACGGCCACCGCACCCACUGGGAGCUCAGCUCGGACGCCUCAAACAGGAAACCACCAGGCUGCUUGAAGAACUAGUGCAAAAGGAGAGAGAGUAUCAGCAGGUACUGAAACAAACUCUCCAGCAGCGGGCACAUGACAUCGAGCUUAUCAGGAUCAGACAGCAGCCUGCUCCAGAGACGCCUACCCCUUCCAUAUUUAACAUGGCCACUCAGCCUGAGCCUGAUAAGAAGCUUACUGAUUGGCUGAAGGAACAGGGUGCUGACUCAGAUACCAUAGACAAGUUUGUUUUGGAAGAUUAUACACUUAACGACAUUCUUUCUGAUGUGACUAAAGAAGACCUUCACUGCCUGAGACUUAGGGGAGGUGUGCUGUGUCGUAUCUGGAAAGCUAUACAGAAACAUCGCAAUAAAGGGGUUAGAAAAGUCAUGAAUGAUGCGGGAAAUUCAGAUGGAUGAAAGCUGUGCAAAGUUCCUUUUACCGGAAAUCUGAGCCAACAUAAUAAAUCCACACACAUCUCUAUAUUGAGAAACUGUUUAUUAAAACCCCUCUGGCCCAAACCUUGUAAUUCUGACGCCCUCUGUUCAACUUGUCAUGUUUGCCUGUUUUUCAUUUCUAAUCUAUUGCUUUUGUGAUAUUUUUAGCAUGUGACCUCAUUCUCUCCGGGUUUUCCAUCUAAUUUUCAUCCCGUUUAAAUAGGAAAACACUAAGGGAUGUAAACAGCUCUAUCCAGGAAAGACUAUUCUUUAGACUGGGGCCCCUAGUGGUGCAGGCUGGCACAAAGUGAAUCUCUCAGUGACAUGGGAAAGGGCUCUGAAUGGCACAGCAAACAGUGUUGUAGGAUUUCCAGUCAUGCCAUUCUAAAUUUUAGAGAGUCUAUUGAGAUUUCUAUGGUUUUAGCUUCAAAAUUCUCAACCGUGAUUUGAUUUCAUGCUAAAAUUGUGUGUAAAAUAUUGUGCAUUACAUUUUGAGGGACUGUCUGGACGAAAUAACCACAAACCUCUCAGACCAGGGCUAAGUAGCCUCUUUUUAAUAUAUUUUGAUAAUUUUGCUUGUGAUUGCCUAAGCCAUACGUUAAUAAAUUAAUCAGCAGAUAAAUGUGAUCACAUGUAAUUAUGUUUUAUACUUUAACCAUCGCUUGUUAUUCAUGUCUAUAAAUACAGCCGUGACCAAAAGUAUUGGCAGUGAAAUAAAUUUUGUGUUUUGCAAAGUUUGCUGCUUCGGAAUUUGUAGUUUAUUUUUUAACAUGUUUCUAACAUAACAUGUUUCUAUGCUAUACUGGAAAACAAUGAUAAGCAUUUCAUGAGUUUUAAAGACUUUUAUUGGCGAAAACAUUCAAUGUAGGCAAAGAAUAAAUAUUUACAGUGUUGACCCUUGUUCUUUAUAACCUCUGCAAUUCGCUCUGGCAUGCUGGAUAUCAGUUUCUGGGCCAAAUCCUGACCGAUGGUGAUCCAUUCUUGCCUUAUUAGUGCUCUGAGUUGAUCACAAUUUGUGGGUUUCUGCUUGUCCACUCGCCCUUUGAGGAUUGACCACAGGUUCUCAAUGGGAUUAAUAUCCAGGGAUUUGCCUGGCCACAGAUCCAAAAUUUCAAUGUAAUGAUCUCUGAGCCACUUCAUUAUCACUCUUGCCUUGUGACAUGCUGCUCCAUUAUGCUGUAAAUUGCACGGAUAAUCACCAAAUUGCUUCUGGAUUGUUGGAAGAAGUUGUUCUUGCAGGACGUUUUGAUACUAUUCUUUAUUCAUGGCAGUGUUUUUGGGCAGAAUUGUGAGAGAGCCCACUCCCUUGGAUGAAAAGGAAACCCACACAUGGAUGGUCUCAGGAUGCUUCACUGUUGGCACGACACAGGACUCAUGGUAGCGUUCACCUUUACUUCUGAUUGACUGAUUGAUUUAUUUGUCCUCGAGAGGAAAUUUGUUUCCACCAUAGGUGCGUACAUAAUACAGACACACAUGUGUAACAUAUUAGAAACAUCAACAUAUAAACAUCUACAAAAAAAAAAAAAAAAAAAAACAGAGACAGAGAGCAUACAUUCUCUGGACUAUACAUUUUCCAGAUGUCCCAAACAGUCGGAAGGGGGCUUCAUCAGAGAAAAUAACUUUGCACCAGUUUUCUGUUGUCCAAUCCUUGUACUUCCUGCAGAAUUUUAGUCUGUCCUUGAUGUUUUUCUUGGAGAGAUGUGGCUUCUUUGCUGCCCUUCUUGACACCAGGCCUUUGUCCAAAAGUCUUCGCCUCACUGUGCGUGCAGAUACACCAACAUGCUGCCAAUAUUGAGCAAGCUCUGCACUGGUGGUGACACGAUUCCAUAGCUUACUCCUCAGGAGGAGAUUGUCCUGGCGCUUGCUGGACACUCUGGGACAUCCAGAAGCCUUCUUCACUGCAGUUGAACCUCUCUCCUUGAUGUUCUUGAUGAUCCGGUAAAUGGUUCUUUCAGGUGCAAUAUUCUUUGCAGCAAUUUCCUUGUACGUGAGGCCAUUUUGAUGCAAAGCGAUGAUGGCUGCAUGUUUUUCUUUAGAGGUAACAUUGCUAACAAUAACACAAUGAUUGAAGGCACUUCUUCCCUCCUUUUAUUGCAAUCAGUCUGCUCUUAUAAUCCAAUCAGAAUGAUAGAGUGAUUUCACCUGACUAGUACUUGUUCACACUUUCCCAGGUGCUGCUGAUAUGAUUGGUGAAAUGAUGUUAGCUGGUCAUUUUGUGCCAGGGACAAAAAACUGUGAAAUUUGGGUUUUUGUGAUUUAAAGUAAAGAAAUUUGGCCAAUGAAGCUUUUUUCAAUUAUUUAAAAUGCAUCUGAUCACACUGUACAAUAAUCUAGAAACAAUGUGAAUCAACACCAUAACAACUGAAGCUGAAAACUUUGCGAAACACAACAUUUUUGUCACUGACAAUACUUUUGGCCACGGCUGUAUAUGUGCAAGACCAGCUUUGCAGACAGCAAAUUACUAUGGGUUACUUUACACCCAGCCCAUGUUCCACAGGCAUGUAUCUUCUUUCUUAAUAAUGAUGUGCCUAUUGUGCCGUUAGCUGUUAAACAGGGUCAGAUUAAUUUGACCUUGUUAUAAGGUAUAAAACAGGCCAGAACUGCAUGAUUGGAAGUCAGAAUAGACUAAAGCACCAAAGGUGCUUGAUACACGUGUUUAAUCUUUAUAUUGUGUAUCUUGUGUUUAAAUGUUAAAGCACUCAGUGUCUGUUGAUUUAUUUUGGUUGUGCUUAGAGCUCUAAUUUUCCAUCUAAUGCUAUUUAAAUAAUUUUUCUAAUGUGUGUGCCUCAAGGUAAUGACAUGAAAGAUUUCUUUCUCUGUUUUACUUUUGACUUAGGGACAUAAUCUCAAUUGAUUGAUAAACGGGAUAUUCAGGCUGUGUUUAAGACAAAAUGCCAACUCAAUUCUCUGAAUUGUAAAACACUUCAGGUGAAUAAAGUUGAAACUUGCAAUAGUCUUUCAAACCCAACCUGAUAUACAGUAAAUGUCUGAACACAUGCAAACAAAUUGCUAAUUCAUUAAAUGUAACAUGAUAUAGCUGCUGUGUAAAACAAAUAGUUUCACUGCCUUCAAAUGCUUGAUAUAUUUCAGCCACGGAAAAUUUCACAAAUGCUGGAAACAUUGUUAAAAUGGAAACAUUUCAAUGUACAUUUUUAAGAAAUGUAAACCAUAAAAACUAAUGAAAAGUCUAACUAUAUACAGUAAGGACCUAAAACACUGUUAUUGUAAUAUUUCCUCUUAAUGUUCUGUUUCAUGUAACUUUUCAGAAAGUGGACAAAGUUGUUACUGUAUUGUUGAUGUUCGUGCUGAAGCUUAUCCUUUAUAGAUAAAAUAUUUUUCUUUUUCAUUUAUGCAUGGUGGUAUAAAGAAUAUGCUUCUCUUAAAGGUCAACAAAACACAAUUAGCAUUUUGUUCAUUUUUUUUAUAAUUUGUGCAAACAAUAAUUGAAGCAUUUGCAUAUUAAAUCAAGAACUUUAAUAGAGAUUGACCAAUACUUAAUUUCUUGACACAACCAUUUCUGAGUCAAAUUUAAAAUGAAAGCACGUUGUGUUUGCCAGCGAAUGAGGUCAUGAUAUCCAGUUAUGCAAAUAAAGAGGUUAGUAAAGUUUUUAGAGGACUGGUAGGGAAUUUUGAUCACUCUUUGGACAGAGGGGGUUUAUUCUCAGUAAUAGUCAUAGUAGUAAUUGUUGGUUUGUGCACAUAACAUUGGCAAAAAAGAAAGCUGAGAUGCUGGCAUGCCAAAUUGUAUCAUACACCCUUAUGUGACCUUUGUACAAAUAUUUAGAUUCGUUAUUCUGGAAGCGUGAAAUCUCAUUCAUGUUCUUUGAUUUUACGCAGAUUGAAAAAACGGUUUCAAUAAGCCUAUAAAGUGGCCCUAAAAAGUUUUGGACAGUUAAAAAUGUGUGAAUUGAAUGCAGUAUUUGCAUUAGUUAAAAAAGUAGCAUGUGCAAACUAUUGUUGCUGCAAACAAAAGAAUAGUUUUUUUGUUUUGUUUUUUACAUUUUUGCAAUGCCUUGUUGGUUCCAUCAGAGAAACAACAGCGUGUAUUUCACCACACUAUGGACAUAUUCCACAAAAUUAAAAACCAAAAAUUGUGUCCAAAUAGUUGUGUGUGUGUGUGUGUGUGUGUGUGUGUGUGUGUGUGUGUGUGUGUGUGUGUGUGUGUGUUUUAGUCAAGUUUUGGAAAUCAUUCCAUUUCAAUAUCUGAACUUCUUAAUUUUAUUUUAUUCUGUUUGAUGGCUUUGCUAAAGAGGUGUAACAUGAUCUCUUGGAUUCUAUUUUUGGUGAUUCACAUCAUUCAUGCCUACACCCCCUACUGGGCAGGGAGAAGAAUUUCUAGCAAAAUUGUAUUUAAAUAUUGAUCUGUUUCUCACCCACACCUAUCAUAUCACUUUUGAAGAUGUGAAAUUAACCACUGGAGUCUUAUGGAUUACUUAUAUGCUGCCUUUGUAUGCUUUUUGGAGUGUCAAAAUGUUGGUACCCAUUCACUUGAAUUGUAUGGACCUACAGAUUUGAGAUAUUUUUAUAAAAAUCUUAAUUUGUGUUUUGCAAAAGAAAGAAAGUCAUAAACAUCUGGGACGGCAUCCCUAUAUUGAGAAACUGUUUAUUAAAACCCCUCUGGCCCAAACCUUGUUUGGCCCUCUUUUCAAAUUGUCAUGUUUGCCUGUUUCUCAUUUCUAAUCUAUUGCUUUUGUGAUAUUUUUAGCAUGUGACCUCAUUCUCUCCGGGUUUUCCAUCUAAUUUGUGAACACUAAGGGAUGUAAACAGCUCUAUCCAGGAAAGACUAUUCUUUAGACUGGGGCCCCUAGUGGUGCAGGCUGGCACAGAGUGAAUCUCUCAGUGACAUGGGAAAGGGCUCUGAAUGGCACAGCAAACAGUGUUGUAGGAUUUCCAGUCAUGCCAUUCUAAAUUUUAGAGAAUCGUUUGACUUAACUCUCAAUUGAUUGAUAAACGGGAUAUUCAGGCUGUGUUUAAGACAAAAUGCCAACUCAAUUCUCUGAAUUGUAAAACACUUCAGGUGAAUAAAGUUGAAACUUGCAAUAGUCUUUCAAACCCAACCUGAUAUAUAGUAAAUGUCUGAACACAUGCAAACAAAUUGCUAAUCCAUUGAAGGUUUAAUGUAACAUGAUAUAGCUGCUGUGUAAAACAAAUAGUUUCACUGCCUUCAAAUGCACCAUUGAAAUGGAAAAUUUCACAAAUGCUGGAAACAUUGUUAAAAUGGAAACAUUUCAAUGUACAUUUUUAAGAAAUGUAAACCAUAAAAACUAAUGAAAAGUCUAACUAUAUACAGUAAGGACCUCAAACACUAUUGUAAUAUUUCCUCUUAAUGUUCUGUUUCAUGUAACUUUUCAGAAAGUGGACAAAGUUGUUACUGUAUUGUUGAUGUUCAUGCUGAAGCUUAUCCUUUAUAGAUAAAAUCUUUUUCUUUUUCAGUUAUGCGUGGUGGUAUAAUGAAUAUGCUUCUCUUAAAGGUCAACAAAACACGAUAAGCAUUUUUUUUAUGUUUUUCUCAAGAGCUCUUUGAAAAGUUUUUAGAUUUAUCUCCAAAUGGUCUUUCAUUCUUGGUAAGAAUGUGAGACUUUGAAGAGAAAAUAAUCAUAAGCGUCACAACCCUCAGGGAUUUAUCAGUAAACCGGAAU